GCUCUCUUGUAAACGUUUCAUUCGUUUACUACACACACGCUCCAUGGCCGUGUAGACUGCUGCGGUGUUGUGCUGUGUACAGUACUUGGCAAGAAACAGAUACAAUUUGGAUAGAUUGAGAUUGAAUAUGCACAGGAAUUUGAAGGAAAUGAUACCAAGAUGGUAGUUAUAUCUUAUGUGCUGUUUUUGUCAGCAGUCCUUGGAGUUUUGUGUAAGGAGAACGCUAUAUUAACUAUGGAAUACACAGAUGACAACGGGCCUGACACAAUCGAGUUGCACGGGAAUUUCUCCCCCGCUGGCUCAAGAAAGGCCGCUGAAGGGGAUCUAUUACAGCUUCAUCCUGCCAGCCUCUGUAGCGUCGACGACGAGGAUGACCUCCACAACUCUGUGGUCGUGAUGAAGUUAGAGCCCCCUGGUGAUAGUCUCUGCAUUGCUGACACACUCUAUGUAAAGGCAAAACGUGCGUUUAAAAUGGGAGCCGUGGCUAUUAUUUUCAUUAUCACUGAAAACCCUGAUGCUGGAACGAAGUUGGAGAAGGACGCUGAAGAGAAGAAGGUCCUUGAUCAGCCUAUCGUCACGAUUCAGGGAAGAGAUGGACAGAAAAUAAUGAAGCUAGUACAGACACAGGUAGCUGCAAAAGCCAGCUUGGAAUAUACCACCAGUGCCAUUCUACCUUCCACUGUUCCUCCCUCUGAUAAACCACUUCAGGUAAGAUACAAGAAUAUGGAUACAAACCAGUUCUUCAAUAUGAGCAUCUUCGUGGCUGUGUUUGUCCUGUUUGCUAUAGUUUGCCUUCUGAUUCUGCUGAAGUUUAUGUGGAGACAAAGAACAAGACAGACUACCACGGCACAAAUGACUCAGAAUACCCUGUCACAGAUGAAGGUACGCAAGUACAAGAAGCUUGACCAACACAGAGGGCAGUAUGACACUGGACGUCGUAGUGUGAGUACGCUGUCAGAUGGUAUUCUAUGUGCUAUUUGUUUAGAGGAUUUCAGAGAUGGAGAGGAUAUACGUGUUGUCCCAUGCAGCCAUGAGUUUCAUAGACGUUGCGUUGACCCUUGGCUCUUGACGAAUAAGACAUGUCCCCUCUGCAUGUUCAACAUCAUGGAAUUAUCUCCAGAUGCCCAUUUGUGCGUGCCAAACACAGUUCCUGAUCAUCGAAUUGAUCGUAAUUAUGUGCAAUCUGUUCGUCUAUCUGCGGCUCUCCAGCGUCGACAAAAUCUGUAUAGUUCUGUUGCGGCAACAGGUGGGGAUCAACGGCAAUCUUGGCCUGGAUAUAACCGUCGUCAUAGUCAGCCCGGCCCAUUAUUGGCCAGUAGUCCAUCUCGCAGGAAUGCCAACCGACAUCCAGAACAAAGUGCCACGCAAAUUGAUAAUGCAAGGCUGAAUAGGACAGGCUCACCGAAUCUCUGCCAUCGGUGCGAGAAUCAGCAAGCUGCAAUGCGUAGAGGUGGAAAUAAGCCAAGUCGAAAUACAUAUAGACAAGGUGUAAAUAGACAAUUUGUACAUUUGCCCAAGAUCUCUAGCAAUCAGUCAUUUUUACAGUUUGAAGCUUUAGCAACACAGUCGCAAAACGGUGCACAAUAUGUUAAUCCUCGAGAUCAAAUAGUGCACGAUUAUUUAUAUUUUUAUGAGGAUUGUCCGAGCGAUUUGCGGGAAACAACAUCUUUGAGCAGUUUAACUCCAUCUGCUUUUCAUGCAGAUUGGGAAGUUAGUGACUCUAGCCGGAAUUCUGGAAAUUGGGACAAUUUUGACAGUAACCAGAGCAUAUAUGGAAGCUGUACAAGUUUGCGGAGUGACCCUAUCCCACCGGAUCCUUUAGUAUAUUGUAGACCAGAAUCAUUAUUACCUUUCCAGUCAUUAGAAAAUUCAGUACAGUUAUUGCCAAAAUGUAUACAUAGAACUAGACGCUACCAUAAUAGAAAAGUUGACAGUGAUGAAUCAAAAAAAUCAAGUCAAAGUAAAGUGACGGACAUUUCUUUAAAAGUCAACUUAUCGCAAGAAGACAAAGACCAGUCGCAAUGUGGACUUGCCGCGGAGAAGCGAUUUGCAGCUGCGGCAACUGAAUUUGAGCCAUGUUUAAAAUGUGCCUACAGACGUAUCAAACGAUUACAUGAAGAGUACACAGGCUUCUCGAGACAUUCACCAAAACAUUUUCAUAAAAAUCGAUACAAGAAAACGCACAGGUCGCCCGAGAAGGUGUGUACUCAUCGAACAAUGCCUUAUGCCGGACACCUUACCAGAAUGAAUUGUAGGCGGAAAAAUAGCUCAAGGACAAAGGCUGCAGAUAAACGAGUUCAUCAAUCGGGCAGGUCUCAGUGUCUGGCGAAUAAGUCAAUAGCAUGCAAGGUGCCAACUGACAGAUCAAAUAUUGUGCAAUCCGUAGCUGUUUGUGAAGCAGACAGAGGUAAAGUGCAGAUGUUACCAGUACACAAGGGUACCAGGCACCUUCUGGAAGCAUUAGUGUGAAAGCGUAUCAUCAUACUAGAACGACUCAGUGUGAACAGACCCACCUACCUGAAAGCAUUAGUGUAAAAGUGCACUCCGCGCUCAACAGUGUGAACAAACCAUUCAAUUAUCUUCACAGAGAAUCUACUUUCUGACACUCUAUUUCCUGGUGUGUGAUUAAAAACAGUAUCGAAAGACUACAUCAGAAAUGCCACAAUGGGGCCAUUUUGUUAGCGGGAUGGUUUCAUCUUCAUAAUGCUGUGUUUUUUGCAUACAGUAAUAAUCACAUCAUGAAAUAAAAAGCAUUGUUGAAUGAAGAAGCAGACAGUUUACUUUAGCAAUAGUUUGAUAGUGAAUGUGUGUCUUCUUCGGGAACCCGUGAACUUUUACAUGAAUGUGGGAUAUAACAUGAGUGAUUUAUCCUAAUUUAUCAUCAUAAAUUUUAAUUUUUAUGGAUUCCAAGUUACUGAAAUUAAAUUCUUAUUUUCAAAUUUCCCUCUAAAAUGCGUGUUUAGAAGGUAAAGAACUUGCCAAUAUGCUGACAUAUUUCUCUUUUGUAUUUUUCCAAUUUUCCAAUUACAAUUCAAUAUUUACAUGUACUAGAAUUGAUAUUACCAUUUUUAUGAAUUAAUAGAUUUGUGUGUUGGUAUCUGUGUUUGCAAUCAGCUGGCUGGUUGCUAUUAAACAAUAAAUCAAAUUGAUUUUUUGUGAACUAUAGUAUAUUAAGGAAAACAACUACAUUUUACAGGGUCUGCCAUUUUAGAUAAAGUUUUGUGAAUACUACUGCAGGUCUAUUUAGAUAUAAUAAUAUGCUUCCUUUUUACCUCCAUUUAUAUGCGCUUAAUUAUGUAUUAAUAAUUUAUACACAAUAAAUAAUUAAUAUUUGUUGGACUGUCAA